AUGCAGAACAGAACCGGUCUAGUUCUCUGUGUCUUUGUCCUCCUGACGGGCUUCCUGAUGAUCUGCCUGGGGGCUUUCUUCAUUUCCUCAGCCUCCCUGUUCAACUGCCAGGGGAACUUGACCCUGGCCUAUUUGCUUCUGCCUCUGGGGUUUGUGAUCCUUCUGAGUGGAAUUUUCUGGAGCACCUACUACCAGGCCAGUGAAAGCAAAGGGGUUUUCAAGCGUGUGCUCAGACAGUGCCGUGCUCAGGGGGCCCUGCCCCUGGCCACAGUGGACAGACCAGGUUUUUACCCUCCAGCUUACGAAGAGAGUCUUGCUGCUGACAAGCAAGCCUGUCGCAGAGAGCAAGAGACCUCGGGUGCUCCUCCACCUCCGUACGCAGAGAUGGGCCUCCGAUUUCAGGGUGAAGAUGGGACCCACCCAGAGGCCCCACCGCCCUGUGACGAGCCUGUGGCAGACCGCGUGGCGGCAGCAAGGCCGAGGCAGGACGCUCAGAGGCGAAGCCAAGAGUGCUGA